AUGGAUGGAGCAUUCGCGUGCAUUCUGGUGGUGUCAACGUUUAUAGUGCUUGUAUCAUCUAUGAAAUGUCAUCAAGUUUGCUACAUCGGAUCGGAGUACGACCCACAACCUCGUACCUCACCCCGUUGGUUCUUAUCGCACGAAGAUCCGUGCGAAUGUACUUCUAUACGUCUCGGUGGGAUGCGCAUCCCUGCUUCGGCAUACCGCCAGGGGGCGCCCCGUUAUCUGGAUAAGCUGAUCGUCACUGAGGACCUUGCUGAAAUACAGACGUUCUUCAGUUGUAAAGUGUGCACCAGCAGCUAUCAACUCGAGCCCUAUCAGUACAAGUUCCCAUUCCCUCCCUUUGAUUGUGACCAUGGGUUCGUGUUGGAUUUCGCCGUUCGGGCCAGUCAAGCCGCAAAGAUUGCCUUGUCUGCGGAUGGCACACAGGCAGGCAACAAGUAUCACCUUGUUCUUGGUCAAUACGCUAAUACCCGGACCACCAUCCGCAGAUGCCAGGAGUGCGCAAUACUCCACUGGGUUUGGUCCGAGGGCGUGGUGAGCGAGCACGAGAUGAGACGCUUUUGGCUUCGGUACUACCGUGGCACCUUCGCCGUAGGCAAGCACCAGCAGGCGGCGUACUUCGAGUGGACCGACACUGAAACCCCGGCUACCCCGGUCAGAUUCUACGGCUCCGGCAGCUGGAAUUUGAACCAGACUUGGGCUUUUUACCAUUCUUGCAACUAA